UCCAUUUUUGCGGUCGCAAAGAUCUCCUCAAUGAGCUCUAUGAUCUCCUCCGGCCACAUAAGGGGCGUGACGUGCCUCCCGUCGUUGUAAUGCAAGCUUUAGGAGGUCAGGGAAAGACUCAGAUCGCGCUUGAAUAUUGCAGGAAAAACAAAGGCUGCUAUCGCGGCAUUUUCUGGGUUGACGCGACCUCUGAAGCUUCUGCAGAGCGAAGCUUCGAAACCAUCGCCACAGAGAUCAACAAGCCAGUCACAAGGACGUUCGACGACAUGCCAUCAACAAUUAGGUUUGUGUUGGAAACUAUUGAAAGCUGGGAAGAGCAAUGGCUCGUGGUGUACGACAAUUAUGAUAGACCUGACCUGUACGAUUUGAGAAAAUACAUUCCAAGAACUGGACAUGGAGCGAUUAUUGUUACUAGCCGUGCCGAGGGAACCGGUAUAUUGGGGGAACUUAUUCGAGUGCCAUCGAUGUUGCAUGAUGGGGGCGUAGAACUUCUUCUCCGACGAAUGAGUGCUGACGAGGUCAAGAAGAAUACUCCUGUCGGACUGCAAAUCGUCACUCGCCUCGGUGGUCUGGCACUCGCAAUCGAUCAAGCAGCUGCCUACAUUGCUUCCAGGAGGACUGAUCUUACUACAUUUCUCCUGGAGUACGAGGUUCAAAAGGCUAAAAUACUUCAAUACACGCGCGAAGAUUUCUGGGACUACAACAAGCAGAUAGCAGAGUCGGAGCAGAGUCGAGCGCUAAGCGCAUUCACCACCUGGGAAUUGUCGUUUCAGCAGAUUGAGUCCCAGGACGCAGAACGCAAAUCUAGAGUGGGACAUUUCCUAACUGUGUCCGCUUUCCUGGAGCCUUCGCAUAUAGGGGAAUAUUUAUUUCGUAUUUAUCGAAAGGAAGCCGAGGUUACUCCUCCCUGGACCGACAUAUUUACCUCCGGAUACGACUCAGAUGAAGAUGAAUCAAGCAAUGAAGAGGAGUCUAGCGAGAAAUGGCGCAAAGAAAAAUUCUGGGAAGUGAUUGAACGCCUGCACCGACUAUCGUUACUGCAAAGCAUUGAAACUAUGCCGGCUGCAUCCUUCUCUCUUCAUCCACUCAUCCGUGAUUGGCUCCAACUGAGACGGAAGAAGAGUGAAAGGCAAAAGUUUCUGCGGGAAGCCAUUAGACUCAUGAGCACUCUUCUUCGUGAUUCGUGGUCUGAAGAAUCUCCCCUCGCCACGAGACAAAAGCUAUUGGCGCAUCUCGAUGCCUGUACCGCGAAUUGCCGUCAUUUUAAAUUUAUCCGCGGGCUUGGAAGCGGAGAUAUGAUGGAUGAAACUCAAUUAUUUGGCGACUUUUAUGAAUCCGAAGGUCGGUACAUGGAGGCACACAACUUAUUCAAAAGUCUCUUGGAGGAUAACAAAUCUUUCCUUGAAGAAGAUCAUCCCCUUAGAGUGAGUAGUAUGAGCAACCUAGCGAGGAUUUGCAGGCAUCUAGGGCGGUUUAAAGAGUCCGAAAACCUAGAUAUACAAGUGCUAGAAGUGCAGAAGAGGGUGCUUGGGGCGGAGCAUCCGGACACAUUGACCAGCAUGGCCAGCCUCGCAGCAACAUAUUGUCGGCAAGGGCGGUAUAAAAAGUCUGAAGGGCUAAAGAUACAAGUGCUAGAAGUGCAGAAGAGGGCGCUUGGGGUGGAGCAUCCAGACACCGUGAUCACCAUGGGCAACCUAGCACUUACAUAUACAGAACUAGGAUGGUGGAAGAAAGCCGAAGAGCUAGAAGUACAAGCACUAGAAGUGCAGAAGCGGGUGCUUGGGGAGGAGCGCAUUGAUACCCUGGUUAGCAUGAGCAACCUAGCAUCUAUAUAUUGGCAGCAAGGGCGUUAUAAAGAGUCUGAAGCGCUAGAAGUACAAGUGGUAGAAGUGGAGAAGAGGGUGCUUGGGGCAGAGCAUCCAGACACCCUCCUCAGCAUGGGCAACCUCGCAAUUACAUAUACAGAGCAAGGAUUGUUUAAAGAGUCCGAAGAGCUGAAUCUACAAGUCCUAGAAGUGCAGAAGAGGCUGCUUGGGGUGGAGCAUCCGGACACCGUGAUCACCAUGGGCAACUUAGCAUCAACAUAUUGGCAGCAAGGGUGCUAUAAAGAGUCUGAAGAGCUAGAAGUACAAGUGCUGGAAGUACGGAAGAGGGUGCUUGGAGAGGAGCAUCCAGACACCCUGCUCAGCAUGGGCAACCUAGCAUCUAUAUAUUGGGAGCAAGGGUGUUAUAAAGAGUUUGAAGCUCUGGAAGGACAAGUGCUGGAAGUACGGAAGAGGGUGCUUGGAGAGGGGCAUCCGCAAACACUGAUCAGCGUGGCCAAACUGGCGUCAACCGGCUGGGAUCAAGGACGACAACAGGAGGCUUUGGAUACGAUGCGUUCCAAUGCUGAAUCACAAAAGAAAAGGCUGGGUGCAGAUCAUCCAAGUACGCUGCCUGCUUCCAAGAAGCGUAGGAUGUAACAAUCAAGCGGUGAGAACGGGCUGCCAAUCGCAGCAUCUUCCGCGGAAUACGUACAUUGUGAUAAGUUGGUUCCGGAUUCGCGACUAGAGUCACGCUUGCGUGCUACACCAAUGCAUGGAACAUAUGAAUGGA